UCGUUAAAGUCUUAGCCAUCAUUGGAAGUGUUCCAAAACAAGUCUUGCUGAACCUGCCCUUGUUUCCUCCGAUUCUAUGGACCGGCAAACGUAUAUUGUGGAAGUCUCGUACACAUUCCUAAAUUUGCAUUCUACGCAGUUUUACUGAGCCGCGAGUCGAUUUGAGACAUUGGUAAUCCUUGACCGAGCUCCCGGCAAAUUGGAGGACAGCCAACGGUUUUAUUGGACUUGGCAUAAGAAUUCAACGCUUGAUCCACGAACGCGCCCUUUAGGGCGAUCGAUCGCACCUGGCGGCACGCCAUUUGAGUCAGUGGCAAAUUACAAGCACUGGAGACCCAGUCAGAUGGAUAUUCGCUACUUUUUACGCGUCGAAGGCGCUUGACCCAACACGAAGCCUAUAUAUCGUUGGUUGGGAAACAGAAAACGAAGCAUCUGGCUUAGCCGCUUGAAACAGGCUUUAGAGAACAGGUUUGGCCUUUAAGAGCCUAAAGCACGGUGAGAAGAUACGAGGCUUGACUUAUAAGUUAUCAAGGCUACAGAAAAUUGUGCUGUACUGGCUGCGAUAGGCUAUAUAUGAUUUUCACCACACAAAGAGGAUACCUGGGGAGUGCUGGGCAACUGAUGUUGCUAAGUGUUUAGUAGUACUGAAAAAGAAGUGACGAUAGAUGGAUUGUUAACUUGUGAAUGUUGAAGCGUUUGGCAUUUUGGAAGCAAAAGCUUGGGAAAAUCUUGAUCAAGAAUUCAUUAGUCGGGAAUAAGAUUUCGACAUAGUUGGGUGGUUUCCAAGUGCAAAAUGUGGGCUGGAUCUGUGUCUAAUGGCAAAAGACGGUGUCUAAUGAAAAAACAUCGGACGAAGCAACGAGCAGAGUAGCGGCUAUUCAAAGCUCAACAGCAACAAGAUGAUUAAGCUUCGGAGGUUAGAACCCGAGUUCUGUGGAUGACGUGUCCGAGUCGGUGAGCGGCAAACUAUGGGACCAGAUUGAUGGCGGAAGAGUCAAGCAUGCAACUUCUCCUAAAGAUAAGCCUCCAUUGCUGAUACUCAAAAUGUCGUAGCAGUCAAAGGGACAACACGGUCGCGAUGUCAGUCGGGGCACCGUAGCAGCCCCUUCUGCAUGCCUAUGUUACAAAAAACUCUAUUAUCUCACUUGGUGGGCAAAAAGUUAGGUUAUUCUUGCUACUAUUAUCUGCGUUUCUCCAGUGCGUUCUUUAACGUCAACGAAAAAGCCACCACUAACUUUUGUCUUGAGUUUGUAAAUUACUUCUUGUGUUCUUGAAUAAUUUUCCAAUCACCCUUCGCAUAGGUCCCUUGCAAACGUGGGACGACACGUCGGGAGCCGAGGAAGGAGGUGGCUGAAGGAUGGCGUUAGCCAAACGACGUCGCUCAUAUUGUCGUAGACCUAUUUCGCCCAUGAAGAUUUUUAGCGUGCCAUCUAACGUGCCAAACGUGGUGGUAUUUCGAGCCCAAAGUGCACCUCAAACUGCCACAAUGGUCACUGACCAAAGAUGCAUCAUCAUGCCAAACGAUAACCAAUACGGGCACUCGACGGCUGUAAUCGACUCCCCAGUAACCAAAAUUGUUCGAAGUAGAGGUAGAAUGAGACGGAGAAGUCUGAUGUGUACCUUACCAACCACAAGAAGAAGUACGAACCCAUUGUCUUCAACAAGGGCAAGUUUGCCAGGCGACACAAGAAAAGUACCAAGAUACUAUGAUGCCUUAUCGACUUCCGGGGUUUCAGAGAGACAGCCUAUCCAGGACUGUUACCACCACAACUACCGUCCCUUUCAUUGCGGGGGAAGACGACUCCAACAUCGAAUGAAAUGGGAGGUGCUUUCACUUACCUUCGUUGUUAUAUUAUCGUUGAACGCGCACAUGGCGCACGCACAAGCUUGCCAGUUUUACCCGCUAGGUGAAAAUCGACGCUUCGAACGAGUGAGCGAAAACAUUGGCGUGGGUGAAGAGGUGUUUCGCGUAGAGGUCCAUCCUCGAUCGCAGCUUCGACUGGAUGCGGUCGAUAACUCUUUAUCUGACAUUAACUUCUUCGAAGUCUCAGACGUGGACGACAAAAGUGUCUCCAUUAAAGUUUCUAAAUCACUUGAAGAUCUUGUGGACCGGCCCGAUCCUCAAAGCGUGCUCAAAUUUAAGCUGACGUGCAAGGGUUCAUCUGGUUCUGAAGAAGCUUUUUUACCUGUGACUGUCUAUGUUCAGGAUGUCAACGACCAUGCACCGGAAUUCCAAAAUACGCCAUACCAUCUUGAAGUUGAUGAGCUAACUCCUGUGGGUCUGACGAUAUUCCGUGGGAUUCACGCCAUCGAUCGUGAUAAGCCUAACACGCCGAAUUCAGAUAUCACCUACUCUAUUGUGGGAGGUAAUGACAAUGCCUCGUUCGCGCUCUCUGACCCUCUUGAAGGAGUUGUGGUUAUCAACAAACCGUUGGAUUAUGACCAUGGCACUCGAGUGUAUAAAUUACAGAUCCAAGCACGGGAUCACGGUUCUCCGGAGAGUUUUCAAACCAAUACGGAGCUCACUAUCCGAGUAAAAGAUGCAGAUGAUCAGAAUCCUGUAUUUACCAAACCCGUCUAUCAUGCUAAUAUCACCGAAUCCGCACAGUUUACUGGUGGUCGUUUACGAAACCGAGUGAAGACAGAUGCUCAGGUUCAUGCUUUUGAUCAGGAUCUCGGAAUAAACACACCAUUACGAUAUUCGAUUAUUCAUGGCAAUGAACUUGGAAUCUUCGAGCUGCACGAACAGACGGCAGAGCUGUUUAUGGUCCGGGAAGUUGAUUUGGAAGCUCUACCAUCUCCUACAAUUACCUUACAGUUACAGGCUACUCAAAUGGACAACUCCCUCCGAUACGCCAUUGCUCGCGUCGAAAUACAAGUGCAAGACGUUAACGAUAACGUGCCUCAGUUCGACUAUGACAUGUAUAACAUUACCGUUAUGGAAAAUUUACCCACUGGAUUUACAGUUGUGCAGGUAAAUGCAGUGGACAAGGACUAUGGUGAAAAUUCCGCGUUCGUGUAUCAUCUUGUAGAUGAAAGCGGCGGGUUCGCUAUCGACGCGCAGAGUGGAGCAAUCAGUGUACGAGAUCCAUCGGCACUCGAUCGAGAAAAGACUGACCGUAUUUCAAUGAAAGUUCUUGCCUUAGAAAGAAAACCCAAUGUUCUUGCAGAUGCUAAAGCUUCCGCUACUGAGGUCAUUGUCUACCUAUUGGACGCAAAUGACAACAAUCCAAAGUUUGUGCCUGAGGGAGUGUAUACCUUUCGCGUGACUGAAACCGAUCCUGCCGGAACUGUCAUUGGAUCACUGGUUGCGGUAGAUCCAGAUCUCGGCGAUAACGGUCGAGUUGUAUUUUUCAAGCAAAACGAUACGCUUAGUCUGGGAGUGCCAUUUGACGUACAUCCUAUUAACGGCUCGGUGUUCGUUCUUAAUACCUUCACUCAAAUAGCCGUAAAACAAGAUCGAUAUACCUUCUUCGUGAUAGCUUCUGAUUCGGUUAAGAACCCUCAUGAGAGAAGGACGGCUGUGGCUGUGGUGCACAUAGAUGUCACAGACGUAAACAACAAUGUGCCGGAGUUCGUGGACGCACCUUACGAGGCGCGCGUCGGAGAGUCACUUCCUGCAGGGGCUCUUGUUACACAGCUAAAGGCUCGUGAUUUAGACGCCAACUCUGUGCUAGAAUAUUCAAUUAUCGCCGGAAAUGAUGAUGACCUGUUUAGGGUAGAUUCGCGAACGGGAGCCAUUACUACAAAACAAGUUCUUGAUUUCGAACGGAAACAAGCGUAUGAUCUACUCGUUCAAGUCUCCGACGGCUUCAAUACGGCGGUUGCACCGCUAACGGUAUCGGUUGUAGAUAUCAACGAUCAACAGCCAGUGUUUACGCAUAACUAUUACAACUUCUCAGUGGUAGAAGAGUUACCGGAAAAUACGACAGUUGGAGCCAUCAAAGCCAUUGAUAGGGAUUCAGGCCAGAAUGCGGAGAUCCAUUAUGUGAUACUCGGAGAUCAGGCCAAUGAAUCAUUCAUGAUUGACGAAGACGGCAACAUUUUCACCCGACGGCGCCUGGACCGUGAGUCACAAGCAAAAAGCGAGUUUCUAGUAAUCGCUUUUGAUGGAGGCGUUCCGCAACUCAGCGGAACCACAACCGUUGCAGUGACCGUUGAAGACGUCAACGAUAAUCCGCCCGCAUUUGAGGGUGAUACCUUCUUUGUGAACGUUCAAGAGGAGAUCGACCCGCCGAAGGAGGUCUACAAAUUGGAGGCAAAAGAUGCUGAUUUGGGUGAUAAUGCAGUAAUGAAGUAUCGAAUCAUCGGAGGCAACGACGAGAAAAACUUUGAAAUCAACGAAGACACCGGAGUAGUGUAUACAACAAAGCGGCUGAACUUCGAAGCCUUUGCCGAGUAUUCUCUACAGGUUGCAGCAUUCAAUAUUAAGCCCUUUCAAGGACCUCAAGCGGCUACUCUCGGGAACCCUGUCGUCACACUUGUUGUUAAGGUGCAAGACGUUAAUGAUGAGGCGGCAAUUUUUGAACAACAACAUUACCAAUUUCGUAUUCUUGAAAAUACGACACGCUCAGAGACUGUUGGAUACAUUCGUGCUGUUAAUCCUUCGCGCGCUUCUAAUGAUCAGCAAAUCACCUACUGGAUCGGAGACGGAAACGACGCCGGAAAGUUUUGGAUAAAUCCGGAUACCGGGGAGCUCGUGUUGAUGGAUAAAGUCGAUAGGGAUCCGCCGGCCAGCCAGGCGCAAUUUAUUCUACAGGUGUUUGCUCGAGACCAGCUUUCGAUAUCCAACCUUAACAUCUCUGUACCUGUUGUUAUUGACGUCAUUGAUAUUAACGAUAAUGCCCCCUCGUUUGGUGAAGAUCGGUUCGCCCUGGAGCUUCCCGAAUCGCUUCCAUCAGGCACAGAGCUACCCGCCUUUUACGAGGCAUUUGAUCUUGACGCUGGUGACAAUGGACGGUUAGUGGCUUUUAUGAUUAACGGCAGCGAAGAUAAAUUUGCUGUCAACAAUCAAACUGGAAGCCUCGUGCUCAUCUCGGAACUCGACUACGAAACUCAAAUAAGUCAUGAGUUUAUUGUUAUGGCUAUCGACGGAGGAUCUCCGCCCAGAACUGGAUCAGCGACCAUUGUGAUCUCUGUCCAAAAUAUCAACGAGUAUACUCCGCAGUUUGAGGGUCUCCCAUACACAUUUCAGGUUGCAGAGAAUGCCGCGCAGGGUACCAGUGUUGGCGUUAUUCGCGCUAGUGACCGUGACGGAGAUCGGGUGUCAUUUACCUUGGCUGAAGGAGAUACUGACUUUUUCGGAAUCGAAAAGGACUCUGGCCGUGUGUUCGUUAAGAAGCAGUUAGAAUCGCGUACGGCCUUCCACUUUGUCGCAGUGGCUACAGAUGAUGGUGUACCGGCUAACCGUAGCCUGGGCGUAAAGGUAACUGUGCACGUUCGUGAAGUAAACAACCACCCACCCGUAUUCUCACAUCAAUUCUACGAAGGCUCCGUCUUGGAAAAGCUAGCUUCAGACCGAGUUGUCAUUCGGCUGCACGCGACCGAUCUCGACCUUCAGAAUAAUACGAUUUCGUACGACAUAACCAGUGGAAAUGAGGAUCAAGUAUUUACGAUCGACCAUACUACCGGGGAAAUACGAGCCAAUCCGGCUAAUGUGCACCUGCUGGACUAUGAUAGAAAGCAACAGUAUAUAAUGCUUGUUCAAGCAAAAGAUUCUCAUGUGACGCCUUUGAUUGGCCUUUCAAUGGUAACAAUCAAUGUUAUUGAUGCCAAUGAUCAUCCACCCGUGUUUUCGAAGACCGCUUAUUCCGCUUCUCUACCAGAAAAUCUUCCUGCUGGGCACUGCUUCCUACACAUCACAGCACGGUCAGGCGAUUCAGUGGACACCUUAAUGUACAAGAUUUUAAACAAGGAUAUUCCAUUUACAAUCAACUCGAAGACAGGCGACGUCUGCACGGCUAAAGUGCUGGACCGAGAGUUGAAAGAGAACUAUGAGUUUGCAGUCUCUGCUGAAGAUGGAAAAUUCGACGCAAAGGUGCCUAUAUCCGUAGAAAUUACCGACGAAAAUGACAAUCCGCCACGUUUUGAGAAAGAACGCUACGUGGUAACUAUUCCGACGGACUCACAGGCUGGCCGUUCUGUUAUCCAGCUGCAUGCUGUGGAUCUUGAUACAGCUAACAAUGGUGAGAUCACGUACUGGAUAAAAAACACUCAUGGAAUCUUCGAAAUUGAUCCUAAGACUGGUCUGGUUCGUCUCGCCUCGGCCUUAACAAACGCCCGUAAGGUGCCAACAGGUGGAAACGGCAAUGCUACCUUUGAAAUGGAAGUGUUUGCUCAAGAUCAUGGUGCUACAUCUAACAUUGGCCGUACAAUGCUUUACGUCCGUAUCUCCAAUACGCUCAAUCACCCACCGGUAUUUGAAAGGUUCGCGUACAGCGUCUUUGUUGAUGAAAAUGCAGCCAACGUACCCCUGGUUCAGGUGCACGCAAGUGAUCCCGAUUCUGGAAGGGCGGGCAGUGUUCUUUACCGAAUCGUGCGGUCAAGUAUGAAAGGCGCUUUUAAAAUUGACGAAACCUCAGGGAAGAUUACUCUUGUUCAAGCACUCGAUUAUGAAAAAACAAAACAUCUCGAGAUUUUUGUUGAAGCACGUGAUGACGCUAAAGAACCGCAGUAUGCUACAACUGUUGUUCAGGUCACAGUAAACGAUGUCAAUGAUAAUGCACCUGAGUUCCUGUCGCUUCCUCGAGUUCUUCGUGUUCCCGUUUCUACUGGUCAAAACGAACUUGUGUAUCGGGUGCAAGCGCACGACCUUGAUUCCGCUGCUUCGGGAAAUAAUGAUAUCCGUUUUGAGCUGAACCCGCCUUCUUUGCGUUUCUUAAUUCAUCCAAAAACGGGGCAAAUAUUCGCUACCCAACCUCUCGUCGUUGGCGCAGAGAUUUUACGUAUAGUAGCCACAGAUAGUUCCACCUAUCCGUUGAGCAAUCAUGUGCAAAUGCGAGUGGAAGUGUUUACUGAAAGUAUUGAUAAUCCAUCACCAGCUUUCAGUUCAGCUCAAUACUCAAUUGAUGCUCCAAGUGUAUUAGAGGCGGGUGCUAGUGUAUUGGACGCCCGUGCUACCAUUCCCGACGGUUCUCCGGUCUGGUACAACAUAACCGGCGACGACGGUUCACAUGUCCGAAAAUUCUCGAUCAAUCACGAUACGGGUCGAAUUGUGACUACAUCUCGUUUGGACGCUGAAAAGCAAUCUCUGUACCAUUUUAUGGUGAUCGCCACGAAUCGACGAAAUUCUGCAGAAGUGACAGAAGCUGGAGUGGUUAUUCGUUUAGCAGAUAAAAAUGUCCGCUGUCCGAGAUUCCCGUUUUCGGAGUAUUUUGCGUCGGUUCAGGAAAACUCACCACCUGACAGCCAGCUCCUAGCUAAUCUACAUGCCGAGGAUGCUGAAAAAUUCGACAAGAUUUCCUAUCAGAUUACUGAAGAUAAUUCAGCGGACAAUUUCUACCUGGACACCUCUUCCCUGAAUACUGUUUCACUACGUGUCAAAAAGCCCGUCGACCGAGAUGCCAUGCCAACUUUUCUUCAAGGCGUCUUCACUCUUACCGUGGCUGCGGCUAACUCGCGUUGCGCAGGCAAUACUCGUGUCCGAAUCCAUAUCGACGAUGUCAAUGAUAACAGCCCAGUGUUUGACCAGGCUGAGUACCAUGUGGAACUCGAUGAGAACACUCCACCAGGUCAUGUGGUUGUGCAUGUGUCAGCAACUGAUCGCGACGGCCUAGACGCUGGCAAAUUGCGUUAUUACGUUAUGGAAGGAGAUCCUGAGGAAGAGUUUACGCUGGAUGAACAUUCCGGUAUUCUCUCGGUUAAGACAAUACCCGAUCGCGAAAGGACGCCGAACUACAGCCUCAAGAUUGUGGCCAUCGAUUCGGCAAAUAAUACAGGCCGUGCUACGAUUCAUAUCAAAAUCUUGGACACAAAUGAUUGGACCCCAACUUUCCUCAACGAUACGUUUUUCCUCAAUGUCACCGAAGGAAGACCGAGUCUCAACCAGUUCGUCCAAUUACCCGUCGCUGAUUACGACGAUGGCAUCAACCGACAAGUGGAGUUAUAUAUAGUCGACGGAAACAACGAGAACCAGUUUCGUCUGGGAGUAAAUGAACAUGGAGCACUUUUAAAAAUUGUUUCGGAACUAGACCGGGACAAAUAUAAGGUCGAUGACACAGCCCUUCACUUUGUGAUCGUGGCUGCCCGUGACAUGGGCACUCCGUCACGAACAGGCACGACAACGGUGGCUGUUGUGAUACACGAUGUCAAUGACAGCCCGCCAACAUUUGAACGUGAGGCGUAUUACCAAUUUAUUUCGGAAAGCGCACCAAUCGGAACUGUUGUCGAAACUGUAAAAGCAACAGACCCUGACACAGUCGCUAAUACAAAAAUGCGAUAUCGAUUUGCUGGAAAUGAUCCGAUGCUACCGUUCGAAGUGGAUCCCAUCACCGGUGCCAUUAAUAUCAGUCGUCCACUAGAUAUAUCUGAGUCACAGGAGUAUACACUUAUCCUUGUAGCAAGUGAUGGAAAAUGGGAAGCCCGGGCCUCUUUAAAAAUCUACGUGCAUGAGGCUGAGGAACGAGACCCCCGAUUCAACCAGAACACAUACAAAUUUUCCGUUCUGGAAAACGUUGCUGGCGCUGUCGUUGGACAGGUUGAACUAGCGUCGAAAAAAACUCGAGCCAAUUCACAACAGCGUUACUCAAUUGUUAAUACCGACGUGCGUUCGCUCUUCAAUAUCACCAAAGAGGGUGAAAUUUACACAAAAACGGGUCUCGACCGCGAAAAAAGAGCCAAGUAUACGUUCACGGUGAUGCUCGAAGAGCGAAGACCAACAACCAAAGUGACGGUCAGCGAGGUUAGCGUGGAUGUUGUCGACGUAAACGACGAGAUACCAACGUUCUCUCAAAACUAUCAGGGAUCCAUUCGUGAAAAUUCUCCGCCUGGAACAACUGUCACAAUCAAGCCUGCCAUUCAUGCUGUGGAUAAUGAUGCUGGCAAUAACUCGCUUGUGAGCUAUUCACUGAGCGGCCCCGGAGCAGAACUCUUUUCUGUUCUCGAUAAUGGAGCGGUUAUUUUUACCGGGGGCAGUCCAGAGAACAUUGCCACUCUCGAUCGUGAGUUGACGGAACGGUAUGAACUGCUCGUAACCGCUCGUGAUCGUGGAAAUCUAAGCUCGUCGACGUACCUUACCAUCCGAGUUGAAGAUGAAAAUGACAAUGCACCAGUGUUCCAACAUGGCCCAUUAAAGGUUCUCCUACCGGAAACAGCAAGACCAGGUGCUCGAGUCGCCCAAGUGCAAGCCAUUGACAUCGACGAAAGGGGAACAGCGAACUCAAAAGUCGACUACUCAGUUACAGCGGGUGGAAGUGGCAACAUUCGGAUUGAUAGACAAAGUGGAGAGCUCUUCGUGGUUGGAAGCCUUAAGCCUGAGUCUGUGUAUAAUCUCAACAUCACUGCCUCCGAUGGCAAGGGACUUGCCAAUGUUAUCCAGGUAAAUAUCACGGUUCUAGAUGUCAAUGACCAUCAACCAACCUUCGUCAAAAGUGAGUAUAACUUCAGGAUCGAAGAAGGAAAUUACCGUGAAACCAAACGACGCCUGGGGGUUUUACGUGCGGUGGAUGAGGACAAGGGUCAAAAUGGAGCCGUCGACUAUGCUCUUCUUGUUGCCAAGGAUGAGGAACAACUGCCGUUCACUAUUGAUGUCCAUACUGGUGAACUUUGGGCUACUGGGGUGCUCGAUCGCGAAGCCAAAGCCUCGUAUUCGUUCCAAGUUCUGGCUCUGGACAACGGAGAAGUCCCGCGUAAUUCUACCGUCGAUGUAACCGUCGGUGUUGACGAUGUCAACGACGAACGGCCCAAGUUCUUUACUGAUCCAUAUUUGGCUCAAGUCCCGGAAAAUCUUGAUCCAGGACAGAAAGUUACGCAAAUACGAGCGUUUGAUCCAGAUGCCGGUGAGAACGGCCUCGUCUUUUAUAAACUUGGUGGCGGACACGGCAAUAAAUUUUAUAUUGACUCAAAGGACGGAACAGUAUGGACGUUGAGUAAACUCGACUUCGAACAACAAGAAUUUUACAAUAUGACCGUAAUCGCAUACGAUCAAGGGACUCCUAGCCUUAGUUCAACUGCUAAACUUUGGGUAACUGUUACUGACCGCAACGAUGUUGUGCCUGACUUCGCAAAGUCUGUGUACACACUUGAAGUAGCCGAAAACACCAAAGUGGGUGAUGUGAUCUUUACCCUUGACGCCGGUUCUGGAAAUUUCCACUAUUCGCUAGUCUCUCCGGACGAGGAUCAAACUUUCACAGUAGAGCCAAAUACGGGUGAGAUCCGUUUGGCGAAACCUUUGGAUUCAGCGCAACACUCACACUACAAACUUGUCGUGAAAGCUGACGAUGAGGCAGAACCAGGACAGUCCCGUUCUGAUACAGCAGAGGUCAAUGUCAUCGUGGGCAGUGGCCAAGGUGUACGACUGUUCCCCCUUAGAUUAUAUGACGUCCUUGUAUUCGAAAACCAACUUGCUCCUCAGGUUAUCCUCGACCUUAAUGCUACCGACGAAAUAGCGCAUCGGCCAGUUGAAUACCGAAUUGUCGGAACGAACGGUGAUUAUAAUGGACUGUUUUCAAUUGAGUCGGACACUGGACGGCUUUCAGUCACCUCGAGCUUGGAUCGCGAAGCGAAAGCUCGUUAUCUCGUGAAGGUCAAAGUAAGCAACGGUGGAGGUAAGCGGGUAGGAGGCAGGCAGGAAACAAGCGGUAAGACCAAGGAAUCUCGGGGCAGAAGGUCUCUAUCUCUGGGCUCCCACGGUCGUGGCUCAGUUGUAACAGAUCGGAAAGACGAACCUGGUAACGGCGGUGAUUUCGACGUAAUGCAGCACAUCGCUUUCGAUGAAACUGUAGUGUCUAUUAAGGUGGGAGAUGAAAACGACAAUUCUCCAGUUUUUGAACACGGUGGAAAGCCGAUCGUAGCAGCUGUUCCGCUUGAAGCUUCAUUUGGCUAUCAGGUAGCUCGGGUGCGAGCUCGUGACGCUGACACAGGAAGCAAUGGAGCCAUUCGGUACGAGAUUGUACCACGUUCGGAGGAUGCGUCAAGCAAGUUCCAGGUUGAUCCUCUGUCUGGGAUAAUACGAUCGGUUGUUACUUUCUCCCUCGACGGCGGAAAGCUCUACACAUUCGACGUACGUGCGACAGAUCGCGGAGGUGCAGAGGGCGGUAACUCCGCCCUUAUAUCUUUGUUAGUGCAUGUCCUUCCUGAAACGAAGCUUGUGCUAUUUGUGGCAGACACUCCGCCAGUUCUAGUUGAAGAACACCUUGACCGUAUCCUUGGUUAUCUCUCUAACGUUACUCAUAACUUUGACGUCAAAAUGGCUAAGCUUGAGCCACAUCAUGAAGAUGAUGCAGAACACCCAGACUCAUCCGAUCUCUUCCUAUAUGCUAUUGACAAAAGCACAAACGAAAUUGUCGAUACGGAGACCCUUCUCAAUGCGUUCAACGAAAAUUCAGCAGUAAUAGUGCGGUAUUUGGAUUCGUUCCGUAUUCGUCGAAUCCAGGGUGUGUCUGUCCAAGAGAAGAUCUCUCAGAUGGGAACAACUGAGAUCGCUAUUAUUGCAUUGUCUUCCGUCAUUUUCCUCGGUGCCGUUUUAGGCAUCGUCCUUCUGUGUUCUUCUUGCCAACGAAAGAAAUUGCGCAAACGCCAAAAGUCAUGGGAACAACAGCGCUUGUACUCGAUCAAAAACCCAAUGAUAGGCGCAGUUGGGUCAAUGGGUGCCAUGAGCACCGCACCGAAAAUGAUGGUCAACCCAGGAUAUCGGUCAGGCUCACGACUAGCCGCACAUUCAAUUGCUUCAUCUCGACCCCCAUCGCAUAUGCACUUCCAUGGAUCGCAGGGUCAACAUCCGCACGACGACGCCCCUAUGGACUACGAUGAACAAAGCAUUGCGGGUACUGUCUAUUCCACCAACCGAGGCCUCCCUGGUCGUGGCUUAAUGAGUAAACGCAACUUUGCUCCAGAUGGUGCCUCAACCUUAAAUCGGCCUCGUAGCCCUCGCUAUGAACCAAGCGUGCGUGGAGGCUAUGCAGGCUCGCAGGUCGGUGCCUCCAGCCGACACGGUCAUGAUGAUGGUUGGCUCGAUGAGGAGGACGACAAAUCGGAAAGUGACUCAAAUUGCUCCUCUUGGGGAACGUCACGCCGCCGAGAGAAGACCGAACUUUGAGGAAGUAUACGGCGAACGAGGAGUUCAACAAUAAUAAGGACUCAUGCGUAGGAAUGCCUAAUAUCUUCUGUAUGCUUGAUGUUUACGAACGAUAGAAAAAGCUUCUAACAGAAAUGUCGCAACGCAUGGAAACAGGUUCAACGGAGGCACGAUAUAUUGCUUCACUUAAGGAAACUUUCACAUUGAUGUAACACUAAUACGAACAAUAUUAAUAGAAUAAUAAGAUAAUGGCACGACAACUGACAACGUUAGUUACCGAGUAGCUACCGAGGAGCCCAGAUCUUCUAUCCAAAAAUUAUCCAGAAGACAUUUUUAUGCUUAAAUAACCAUUAAUUAUGAAAUACUACGACAUCUACGCCAUUGUGUGAAAGCUGACAUGAGUAGAUACAGUAGCAGAAGAACGUGAUCCAAACGUGUCUAUUGUUACAAGCAAUAUAAUUACACAAACAGAAGUAUUACCACACAAAUCUGCCACAGCGGAUCAUUGGGCCAUCAGAUGCUUCUUUUCACUCAAGUGCCUUAACGAUAACACGGGAUAUAUAUAUAUACAUAGUACGCAAACGAAAAUGAUGAUGAUGAUGAAAAAUAGAGAAGAUUAUCAAUCUUUAUACACUCCAAGAGAAAGCAACUAACAAUAUGGUAAGUCAGGCUAACAGGAAGAAAUAAACUGCUCUACCGGACAUCGAAGCGUCAAUGGAUUUGAUGCAUCAGCGUUUACAUGGCGCACUACCCGGCGCUCCACGGAAUGAUGAAAUGAUCAGUAAGAUAGGAAGUCAUAGUAAUGUAUAGUUUCUCUAGGUGGUUUGAUCAUUUCCAUAGAAGUUGCAUCUUUACCGUUUGUGGAUUUACUUUCACGCGCCCUUGCUACAUCGUUUUCCUCUUGCAUUGCAAUCUAAAUAAGAUCUUGAGUAGAAUCAUGUUUUAGAAGUGUUGCAGUCCUAAGUCAAAUGUCAAGAUAAACAGCCUUAACAGCAUGCGUUAACCGUCCUUAUAAUACGUCUUCAAUGAGAGACGUUGAGGCGUCACUACAUCAAGUCACGGUCAACGAGUUUGUUGACGGAGCUCCCUUAUACGAAUUCGUCCCAAUUAACUAGUAUAGUUUCAUUUUCAUCUCAACCUUUAUGAAACGGAAAUAAAAUUCAAUCCUUGAUACCAAUAUUACACAUCCAUCCCCUUUAUCUACAGACAAUGUCUGCUGAACCGCUACAAAGAGCAUUAUCAGCAGUAGAUAGAAUUGACAGACAAAUUUGUGUGGAAUACCAUUAGCGCGCUCACCGAACUCUCACCUCUUAACUCACGAUGACAAAACAAUAUAGUAGAUUCCGAACGAAUAUAGUCGACAUAUAAUGAUGAAUACUGAGUCUCCCCCUUCGAACCGAGCUAUAAUUAUAAUAUAGUUAGAAACUGAGGGUGAAAAACUCUCCAGAAGCCCAUAUCAGCGGGACGCAUUGAAAUAGUCUAUGCAGCUCCAUCGAAUGUUUUUUAUAUCGCUCAAUAUUUAACAAAGAUGGUGAGGCAGAACUCUCAAUAUUCACAGAGUGCAUAAUUGGAAACAUUCAGUGAUAUAUUUAGCCCGUCGCACGCCCGGACACCCACUUGGAAAUGCGAUAAAUGCUAGUGAUUGCACUGCAUCCAUUGUUUACAGUAGUUGCUUUCUUCAGAAGAUAAAGUUAUUCGGAUAACUUGAUGUUGCUUCUGGUAGCGUGCAUAAGCCGUCUGAAACGUAGCGGUAGACUGGUGUAUUGGUAUAGAACGAUAAGCCGCAAGAGUAUCUAGUGUUGCACGAAGAUUUUUAGAGAACUGAGAUCACUGGAUUAUUUUAGACCCUGCUCUCGGAACGGAAUGUCCAUAUGAACUCUUACGACGGCUUAAAAACCUCAAAUAUUUUCUUUGUACUUUCAUGUUACAAACAAUGUCGGCGGUUCUUGUUUCAUGUUUUACGCUGAUACGUUAUCGACAGUCGCAUUAAGGCGGGAGCCAUAUUUGUUUAAUGCAGAGCUUCUUGCUAUAGUGUGGCCGCACCAGAGCGUCACCAGUUAAGGGUAACAGCCAUAUUAUAACGUUGUUUUUUUGCAAUAAAGGUCCCCAAGAACAAUUUACUUUUAAGGUAUCUGAAGAACAGCUUUGCCACCCGUAUGUCACAACCGAGGACUCAACACCUACAGAAACUAUCUUACUUUGCGUUCCACGUGGAUAUAAGAAUGUACGUUUUGGUUUUUAGCAACAACCCGUCGCCGGUGUUAUUCCUCUGCUGCCACUACUGUUAUUGUUAUCUUAGCCGUCGACGCCUGAAUAAUCAUACCCGUGUUUUAGUCAAUUUCUAUUUAUAAUGAGAUCAAGUAGUCGUGUAUAUAUACACACACAUACACUCACAUCCAACCCCCACACACACACACACACCCACACCAACACACACACACACACGCAGACAGCCAGACACACGCAUAAACAAUAGCCUGGCAAUUAAUUCAAGGCAAAACAAAGAAACGAUGAUAAGCUGUUAAUAUUAUAGACGUUAUUAUGCUGUUUUGUUUGUUUGUCGAAAACUCCAAUGAAUUGCACGAUAUUGAGUAUAGUUCGAUAGUAGGAUCUAUAUGCUAGGUGAUAUCUGCAGUAGUUGCCUGCCCCUUUUUCUGUUAUUUAACAUUGGAUAAGUUCAGCAAUUACAUUGGAAUCGAUACUGCAUGUUUUGAGGGUUGAUUUGCUAAGCGUUGAAGAAACUGUGUCAUGCAAGUAGCACCCGAAUAACGAUCAUAACCCUAUCGCUCGGCGCUAGACUGAGCUUUACCACUCACCGAAAGACUGGAUAGACAUAUUUAAUCGCAAAUGGCCGAUCGACCAAGCGAACCUAUGGCAAAUUUACGUCGGUAUUCUCUACCCUCGCCCACUAUACAUGUAAUAAAUUAAUGGCGCAUACUGUUACAUGAGAGCACUGUGUAAUGUGAUUUUGUAAAUAUUUUUGCUAAAAGUAACCAUAAGCGACGGGCUUCACUAAAUAGAUUAUGUAAAAGGGCAGGAGAGAAUGACAGAGGUAAAACAUCACUGAAAUGGGCCAUUCUAAGAAUUAUCAACAUAUUGAACAAGUAAAGAAUAAAAUGGCAGAGUCAGAGAGAAAACGAAAACUUUGAAUGAAAAAAAAAAACGAAAAACAUUUAUU